UCGGCCCGAGCCCGCAGCAAACACAGCCAUAGAAGGCAGCGGAGGAGCCGAGCCGGGCUGCGCUCGCUCGCCGCCUCCCAGCCUCUUUCUUCUCCGCCGGGUGCACUGCCCCGCGCUCUCCCCUCGCUGCUUCCCACCCCUAGACAAAGAGGACAGAAAGUUUGCGCGGGGGAGCGGGCCAGGUGAGGAGGGGCGUGCCCGGCCCCCCAGCCCGCGCCACAGCAGCCGGACACAGGCCCCCAGCGCGCCAUGGGCGCCACGGCCCGCAGCCUUCGCCUGGCGCUCGGCCUCCUGCUGCUGGCCACGCUACUGCGCCCGGCCGACGCCUGCAGCUGCUCCCCGGUGCACCCGCAACAGGCGUUUUGCAAUGCAGACGUAGUGAUCAGGGCCAAAGCGGUGAGCGAGAAGGAGGUGGACUCCGGGAAUGACAUCUACGGCAACCCCAUCAAGAGGAUUCAGUAUGAGAUCAAGCAGAUAAAGAUGUUCAAAGGCCCUGACAAAGACAUCGAGUUCAUCUACACGGCCCCCUCCUCGGCAGUGUGCGGGGUCUCGCUGGACGUUGGAGGAAAGAAGGAGUAUCUAAUUGCAGGAAAGGCAGAAGGAGACGGCAAGAUGCACAUUACCCUCUGUGACUUCAUUGUGCCCUGGGACACGCUGAGCACCACCCAGAAGAAGAGCCUGAACCACAGGUACCAGAUGGGCUGCGAGUGCAAGAUCACACGCUGCCCCAUGAUCCCAUGCUACAUCUCCUCCCCGGACGAGUGCCUCUGGAUGGACUGGGUCACGGAGAAGAGCAUCAACGGGCACCAGGCCAAGUUCUUUGCCUGCAUCAAGAGAAGCGAUGGCUCUUGCGCGUGGUACCGCGGGGCGGCACCCCCCAAGCAGGAGUUUCUUGACAUUGAGGACCCGUAAACAGGCUGUCGGAUCCCCAACGGCCGAUUGAAAAGCCUAUGAGGGUUUAGACUGGUCCAGCUCUGACAUCCCUUCCUGGAAACAGCAUGAAUAAAACAUCAAUCCAUCCAAGUGGGUUCACGCUAGUGUGAUUCUACACCCUCCCCGUUUUUCCUAAACACGGUUGUGGGUCUGGAGGGGCAGGCGGGCCAGAGUCCCUGCCAUACUCCCUCCGUCUGCCAGGCUGAGCACUGCGUGUUUCAGUCUCUGAUCCUUGGGUACGGGCAGGAGUGGAAAACAGACUUUUUUUUCCUGGGCACUGUCACAUACAGCUGACAGGCAACAUUUAAAGGGUCCCCUAGCCCUGCUGGGGCACAGCCUGGGAAUGUGCAUCUUGCAGAAAUGCUUGACGGUUGUUGUGAGACUGUGUAGCCGGCCUACCAGGUCCUUUUCAUCCUGAGAGGGACAUGUCCCUCGUUUUCUGCAGUGGCCAUCCCUCUGGCCCAAGUCUCUCGCUCCUUUCAAGUAACCCCCCACCCCCGUCUCCUCUGUACCUGAUGUGGACUCUGAGCACCGGGGUCUCGCUCAAGUCCAUUUGUAGUAGCCCGGUUAAGCCCAUGAACCCACAGACUUUCAGUGGCGCCCCUCGCGCCUGUGGGAAUGGGAGCCCUCCCUGAGCCGCGUUUCUGGCUUCAGCCGAGUCAUUUCUGUCCUACCCUUUCCCAUCUCCAUCCCCUGCUGGGGAAUCUGUGAGGUCUCGUGCUGGGUGUCAGGAUCUGUGUAAGGGAUGCUUGGCUGUCCUUGCGGUCACCCCUAGGCCCCCUGAGCUAUUGUUAACCCCUUUCCGAGUGGCUUCAGGUGUCUGGGUUGAGCAGCACAGCCCUGCUUUCUGUAACUUCGCACCCUGCCACUGCUGGCUUACCAAUGGCAUUACACACACACACACACACACACACACACACACACACACACCAUUUAUUUUUAUUUUUUGCACAAACUGAAGGUGUAAGAGGCCAGUCCCGUAAUGCCCCAAUGGAAAAAUCCUAGUGAAAUCUCCUUGCUAGACUGGCCGUCAUUACUGUGUGUAGAUUUCUGUCGUGUUAUUAACCAAGCCCCUGAACCUGUGUGGUGAAGGAGCCUGAGAGCGGCUUUGUCUUACUAAGCCCCCAAGAGGCUGUGGCUUGUGCUUAAAGAGAUCUCAUUCUCCUAAGACACUGAAUGAGGCCAAGAGGCAAGUGCACUUAGUUCUGCUUCUGUCUCUCAGUGUCACAGAUACUACCCAUGUAAGGCCCUUAUAGGGAACUGGGGUACCUACUGCUCCCUAAAAAAUUGAUUUUCCUGAUGCCAACAGGAUAGGGGUUAAGACAGGCAGAACUUUGCCACUAACAGUACAGAUAGUCACUCUUCCUUCUACCCAAGUCUCAAAAACAAGAGGUCCCAAGGACACACAGGUAUAUUAUCCAAACAUGCACGCAUGUGCUCACACAAAAACAGACUCUGAAGUCUGGCAGCCUGCGAGUGGUCCUUUUGCAAAAUGCUUCCAAGGACCUCUGUCCUCCUUCCCUCUCCUAACUGUCAGAAACCCCAAAGCAACUGUUAAGAUCCACCCCUACCAUUAGCCACACCCCCACAACCAGGACCUGGCAACUCAGAGCUAGAUUACUUCCCUUUUAAGACAGACUUGGGGAGGGGGGGGUGUUCCCCGGGGAACCAGCCUGCCCCUCCCGAGGGCAUUUUUCACAGCGCUGUUCCUCCUAGGAUGCUGUCAUGGACCAGCCCACGAGACCCUGCAGCCUACCCCGCCCUGCCUGCUUGCUUCCUGUGCUGUGGUACCCUAUGUAACAAAGCCCGUUCCUGCCGACCUCUUGACGUGCUCUGGUUUGUUUCUGAUGUUCGCUGUGAGCGUUCUUGUGCCGCGUCUACGCCCUUGGUAGCACUAGACUUUGCACUUUUUAAAAACAAAGAUGUUUUGGCAUCGAGGAAGCGUCUGACCCAGAGUGGAAAGUAUGGCAUGGCGUGAUGGCUGGCCUGGGGCCGAGGAGCCCUUGUGAUCUUUGAGCUCUUCGGAGUAUCUGUUUUCCCAGACCCCUGUCGUUUGUGAUGAAGGAAUCUCUGAGAGACUGGUUCUAAAAGAUGGCCUUUAUAUUUCCUCCUCAACCUUGGUUUUUUUCCUAGCCACGCCAGGCAGACGAAGAGACAAGCAAACAAACACGCCAAACUAUUGGGACAAAGUGCCAGACAGAUGGCAGCUAAGCAGCAGCCACUCAGACGCCUUUGCAGCAAGUCAAUCACAAUAUAUAGUUUAAGGGAUGUAUCCACUCGGCAUUGUUGAACUCGGCAUGGUUAUGUUCUGACCACUGGGCUUCCCUCCCCCCCCUCUUAAUUCCAUCAUGCCAGCAAGCAUUUCAGAUGACGUUUACACGGUAUAUAUUCCCAAAUCUCCGCUUGACGCAUAUUAAGACAUAUCUGUGAGCUUGCCAAGUAAUUUAAAGCUUUGUUGAUUUUGUUUCCGUUUGAACUCUUGGUUGUUGGUGGGGGGGAGGGGAAGCACUGUGUUCAUGCUGGGAUAUGAAGUCUGAGACGAACCUCCCUGCACCCCAUGCUGACAACACCUGAGAGUUGUUCAAAGUCAACAGGUCGACUAUGCGUGUCUCUGAUGCUUUGUAUCAGUUUUUAUUUUUAUUUUUGAGGGAUUGCUUUGUCAAUGGACAAUAAACCAUAUUAUCAAAGAGAA